GUGCAGAAAGACAUGUUGAUUGAAAAGAUCUUGAAAAAGCCGACGAUGAGGAAGUAUCAACUGGGAACGAGGACAUCAAUGGUAGUGUUCGUCAUUCUCGUUCUGGGACCACAGGAACCCAAAAAACUGCUUGAGGAGCUCCUUCCCAAUGACACUAAAGUGUGGAGGGAGUGGAAAGCUACGAUUUUAAAGAGGUUAGGAAAAAGGGAUUUGGAGCUCCGUUUUCAGAAAGACGACUGGGAUAUUACAACAUUUUCCGCAGAUGAAAAGGAAUUGCUGGAAACACUUUACGGAGACGCAGAGGCUGCUUAUGACGCCCAUUUGCAACACGUCAAUUCGAGUAAUCAAUCUGCGACCAAGCUAAAGGGGUGAAUAACUCGUUAUGCGGUGACUCACUUUACGAAGGGGUAUCUUUUCGAUCAACUUAUGCCAAACUUUGACACGCUGCUUGGACAGGCUCUGGAUCCACUAGCAUUCAGAGUAGCACCCGAGUUUAUAUCACUGUAUUAUUUCGACAUGUUCAGAACGUGACAGCUAACUUACAGCCCGUUCGGCAGCCUCCGUUUCAAAAAGUUUGUAAACAAUAUUUCUCACGCUAUGUCACACUGUCGACUUU